AUGAUCCUGGAUUACAAGAAGAGUGCAGUUUUGUUCUUGGAGGAUGAGAUUGAAACUUGCUUUAUUAGUGACGAGGGUUUUGCGUUUCGGGGUGUUGUUGAUGUCGACGAGAUAGAUGGACAUCUGGUUGGGAGAGAUGCCGAUUCUUUGGCUGAGAAGGGAUUGAAGCGCCUUGUAGUCGAGAGAGGGGUGGAGUUUGAUUUGGCCUAUGUUGAACUCGUGGUUGCCAUCGUAGAAAGAUACUGGGAGGAAUCUUGUUAUCUUACUCAGAACAUUCUGCCCCCCUUGCUUCUCAAUCAGCCAUGUCCAAUCACCUCUAAAUAUUCCAAAAAUUCACCCACUGAAAUUAACCAUCUUGUGUUUGGACUCCUUGGCUCUGCAAAAGCAUGGAAACAUCGAAAAUCUUACAUAGAAUCAUGGUGGAGGCCUAAUGUCACUAGAGGAUACCUCUACCUUGACACCAUACCAUCACCAGAAUUCUUCCCUUGGCCUUCAUCUUCUCCUCCUCUUCGGAUCUCGGAGGAUAUCUCCAAGCUUCUGAAUGAAACCAAGCAUGUUGCUCCCAUCAUGGCACGUAUGGUGCAUGGAAUACUUGAGGUUUUCAAGCAAGAACAUGUAGGUGUCAGGUGGUUUGUCAUGGGAGAUGAUGAUUCUAUUUUUUUCGUGGAAAAUUGGGUGAAUGUGCUUGGAAAAUAUGACCAUACUAAGUAUUUUUACAUUGGAGGGCAGUCGGAGGAUAUUUGGUCGAAUGAUAAUUUCUCAUUCGACCAGGGGUUUGGUGGAGCUGGAUUCGCGUUGAGUUAUCCUUUAGCACAAGCACUUGCAAAUAAUGUGGAGGAUUGUUUGAGGAGAUAUCCUCAUUUAACUAGUGCAGAUUAUAUUACAAUGACUUGCAUAGCUGACCUCGGAGUUUCUCAUACUGCAGAGAAGGGUAUUCACCAGGUUGAUCUUAGUAACGACAUAUCAGGGUUUCUAUCCUCUCAUCCACAAGUCCCGUUGAUGUCUUUGCACCACUUUGAUGUUGUUAAGCCAAUCUUCCCCUCCAAAAAUCGUUCUGAAUCAGCAAUGCAUCUAAUGAAAGCUGCAGAUUUUGACCAAUCUCGAAUACUGCAGCAAACAAUCUGCUACGACAGAAAAACCAAUUGGUCAGUUUCAGUUUCGUGGGGCUACUCUGCACAUAUAUACCAGAAAAUCAUUCCUCGUAGUAUUUUAAGAAAACCCCUUAAAACAUUUUGGGCAUGGAGGAAGAAUAGUACAAAGCCGCAUUAUAUGUUUAACACGAGACCAGAGUCUAAGGAUCCAUGUGAAACUCCUCAUAUAUUUUACCUUGACAAUGUAAAACAAAUCAGCCCAGAAAGUGAAAUUGUUACCAGUUAUGUCCGAGAUGCAACUCAAGGUCCGUCAUCUUGUUCAUCUGGGAAAAAAUCUGCAGACCGUAUCAACACAAUUCAGGUCUUUUCACCGGCCACAAAGCAUAUUGAGACAGGAAGAAGUGAAUGCUGCGACUUUGCAAAUCAAUUGGGCAGGGGCAAGGCUAAGAUGAAAGUGAAUAUCAGGUCAUGCGCAGCAGAUGAAAUAAUAGCUUAA